GAUACUGUCUCAAAAUAAAAAGGCUGGGAUGUAGUUUAGUGGUAGAACACUUGCCUAGCAUGUGUGAGGGUUCAACUUCUAGUACCUCAAAAAACAAACCAAACAACUGUGUGCUUAGUCCCACAAACCUCUGUCAUGUGAUGCCUCUGAGGGCAGGUCACGGUGCUCUGUUUCAGUCUGGUUGUCUUGAAAUGUGAGGAAGCACCACCUUGCCAAGUCAUUCAUAGCUCCUGCCUUGUGGGGCAGUGUUUACACUGGCCUUGGAGGAGAAAGACCUAUGUGAGAUGGACAGCCAAGGCCCACCAGCCUCAACAAUCAAAUCCAAAGCUGGGUCACCCCAACCUGUGGCCAGCAGAUGUAUUCAUCAGGACUGCCUGUCACAUGUGGGGUGGCCUCAGGAUUGCCAGCCUUCAUGCAGUAGCCGCAGCAGCUGCUCUGAGUCAACCUCUUUCCUCCCUUCCAGGGUCACUGGGAUGGUGCUCAAGGCCUUCUUCCCUACAUGCUGCACCUCGGCAGACAGCGGCCUGUUGGUGGGACGCUGGGUCCCAGAGCAGAGCAGUGCUGUGGUCUUGGCUGUGGUGCACUUUCCCUUCAUCCCCAUCCAGGUCAAGGAGCUCCUGGCCCAGGUGCAGCAGGCCAGCCGGGUGAGUUUGGCUGUGCUGGGGACCUGGUGCCACCGCCAGCAGGAGUCUGAGGAGAGCCUAGGCCACUUCCUGGAGGGUCUAGGUGCUAUCUUCUCCCAUGAGCCCUGGCUGCAGCUGUGCCGGGAGAGGGGCAGCAAGUUCUGGAGCUGCAAGGCUACCCACCAGCAAAGGCCUGGCACCCCUGGUGUUUCCAGCGAGGACCACGUCAUGCUUAUCUUCUAUGACCAGCGUAAGGUGCUCCUGUCCCACCUGCAUUCACCCACAGUCCUGCCUGACUGCCAGGCUGGAGACGCCACAGCCAGUGCAGAGGGCCUGGCUGCCAUCUUUGACACAGUUUCUCGCAGCGAGGUGCUGUUCUGCAAAAACCAGUUCGAUGAGGGCCCGGUGAGGCUGAGCCACUGGCAAUCGGAAGGUGUGGAGGCCAGCAUCCUUGUGGAGCUGGCGAAGCAGGCUUCAGGGCCUGUCUGCCUGCUGGUGGCCUGCCUGCUGUCACUGGUCUCAGCUUCAGGUUCAUGCCGGCUGUGGAAGCUGUGGCCUCUGCCCUUCAUUGCCAGCAAGCUCUCCACCUGUGAGCAGCUCCGUCACCGGCUCGAGCACCUCACGCUUGUCUUCAGUACCCAGAAGGCUCAGAGCCCUGCUCAGUUGAUGAGGAAGGCCAACAUGUUGGUCUCCAUGCUCCUGGAUGUGGCUCUUGGCCUCACUCUGCUGUCCUGGCUCCACAGCAGUAACCGAAUUGGGCAACUGGCCAAUGCCCUCAUCCCCAUGGCUGAUCAUGUGGCCGAGGAGCUCCAGCAUCUGCUGCAGUGGCUAAUGGGUGCUCCUGCUGGGCUCAAGAUGAACCGGGCACUGGACCAGGUGCUGGGCCGCUUCUUCCUGUACCACAUUCACUUAUGGAUCAGCUACAUCCACCUCAUGUCCCCCUUCAUCGAGCGCAUCCUGUGGCACGUGGGCCUCUCAGCCUGCCUAGGACUGACGGUUGCCCUGUCCAUCCUGUCGGACAUUCUUGCCCUCCUCACCUUCCACAUCUACUGCUUCUAUGUCUACGGUGCCCGGCCCAAGCACAGCCCUUACAGUGCCCAUGUCUGCAGGCUGUACUGCCUGAAGAUCUGUGGCCUGUCCUCUCUGUGGCGUCUCUUCCGGGGGAAGAAGUGGAACGUGCUGCGUCAGCGGGUGGAUUCUUGCUCUUACGACCUGGACCAGCUCUUCAUCGGAACCUUGCUCUUCACCAUCCUGGUCUUUCUCCUGCCCACCACAGCUCUGUACUACCUAGUAUUUACCCUGCUCCGGCUCCUGGUGGUCACUGUGCAGGGCUUGAUCCAUCUGCUUGUGGACCUCAUCAACUCCCUGCCUCUGUACUCACUUGGCCUUCGGCUCUGUCGGCCCUACAGACUGGCGGCUGGCGUGAAGUUCCAUGUCCUGGAGCAUGAGGCAGGCAGGCCUCUUCGCCUCCUGAUGCAGAUAAACCCCCUGCCCUACAGCAGUGUGGUGCACACCUACCGACUACCAAGCAGUGGCUGCCACCCCAAGCACUCUUGGGGCUCCCUGUGCCGCAAGCUGUUUUUUGGAGAGCUCAUCUACCCCUGGAAGCAGAGAGGGGACAAGCAAGACUGAGGUGCCUGGCUGUAGCCUUCCCAAUACCACUGCACUGUAUGGCCUACCGUCAUACCUCUCAGCCAGGGUAGCAUUGACCUUGGGGCUGGGCUUCAUGUGCUCCUGAGUGUGGGCAGUCUUUGUUCCAAGUUUCCAUCCUGAUUCUCGGGCCUCACCAGGCCAUGCCAAGCAACCUACUGCCAGUUCACCUCCAUCCUUCUCUAGCACUGUUGGCCUUGGGACCUGCCUCUGGUCUGCUGUGAUCACCACACUCUGCCCUGUCCCCAGCAGCAGCCAGGUCUGCCUCUGGAGUGUGCGGGCAGGUCCCUUUGACUGUCCCCUAGUGAUGGGUGGAGGGAUGCCGCCUGGGUUACUGGCAUCUUCUACUGCUUGCAGCAGAAUGCCCCCUGCCUGUGUGUGGGGGGUUGGAGCAGCUGUUGACCCCGAAUCCCAGUGAGCAAGAGCCCUCAUACCCUGAAUUGAACAGGGCUUGUCUACUGGAGCUCCUUGGAGAGUAGCUCAAGGACCCACAGUGCUCCCACAGGAUGGGUGUCCCUGAGGAGGUGGUCAUGGCCUUGUCAGUCAGUAGGCACUGACUGAGGCCCCAGGGAGGGAGGACAAAGGUCCACAAUGGUCCAGAAAAGUCUGUGCUGUGGCUUGGAGGGGACAGCAGGUGCUGCCCAUCUUUGAGGCACUUGGGACUGUCCACCUCAGCCUCCCCACUGCCCGCUCUACUUUGCCUCAGGCCACAUCAACUCUAAGCACCCCAUGAAGGAUGUCAGCGGGGAUGGGUCCUGACCUGCCUUUUUUUUUUUUUGUUACAAUAAAACCUCACGUGUUUGGAGUGCCA